UAAAUUUAAAUUUAUUGCCACAAUUUUUAAUGAUCUCAUUUGACACUUUUUUCCAUUCAGCUGAUAAAAUAAUAAAAUUUUGACAAUCAUCUGUCACUUUGUGUCAUUUUUAGUAUUUCUUCAAUCGAUAAUGACGAUGAUGAUAAAGUUUUAUAAUUUUAUUAUGUCAUCAAAGAUUUUUUUUAUUAUCAACAGGUUUGCAAACCAUAUACAUAGGUCCAAUAACCUUAAUUUAUUUUUAAAGAGAAUCAUUGCGCCAUCUAUUGUCGGCCGAAACAUCCGAGGCCUAUCAUGUGACAUCGGUUGGAUAUUUUUGACAAGCAAUCAAUUAAAAAAAUCAUAUCAAAAUUGAUUACUUUUUUUACAUGGAUUUCAACAAGAAAACAACAAACAAGAAAAAAUCUUUGAUUGAUGGAUAAAUUCGGGUACAGCUGGCAGUUGGCCAAAGUAUAAAUUUGUUUCCCUUCAAUAGAAUAAAGAACGUCGAACUAACUGUCGGUGGGAAAUGGAAAGAAAAAUGAAUGAAAAUUCGUGUAAAUUUUUCGAUUUUGAACGUUUAAUUCGACGAUUUGAACCGAAUUUAUGGUUAUUUCCAUUUACAGGCGGCUUACUGCUGUUUAUCACAUUGAUUUCAUGUUAUUUAAUAACAUCAUAUACGCGAGGAUAUCCAUUAGUUUGGUUGGUCAGUGAUGUUGGUGCCGCAUCACCAGUGGCCGGUUAUUUCUCUCAAUCAUUGGACAUGAUUUCCUUUUUCUUCGCUAUCAGCGGUUAUUUGCGUAGCAAACAAGUGGAAUAUUAUCUGACCAGAAUCAUUCCACGAUCCGAAAAUCGCCAAAUAAACAAUUUGGACAUGAUACGUAUUUUACAUGAGAAAAAUUAUCAGUCAUUCUGUUGUUGUAUUCUGAGUUCGAUUGGUUUUAUAAUAUUAGGAAAUUUCAAUAGUGUCGAUCAUUUGUAUGAACAUGGUGUCGGUUGUUUUUUCAUGUUCACCACUAUACCAUUCCUAAUAUCACAGACAUUUAUUGCCAAUAAACUUUAUGAAUGUGAUCAAAUCGAAAGUCGACCAAUCACAUUGACUAUUGUAACGUAUACGGUAACGAUUGGUUGGCCAUUAACGACGGCGAUAUUUUUUCUUUCAUUAUGGGUUCAUGGUUCAUUGUUUGUUUGGUUAGAUGCGAAUCUACGUUUAGAUUGGCCGAGUGAUGCACCAAGUUUUCUUUGGUUUCGUACCGGUAUCAUAAUGGAAUGGGUGGUCAUUAUGAAUUAUUCACCGACAUUAUUAGUUCUUGCAAAUAGAAUGCGAUUGUUCAAACACUGGAAUCGUAUUGUUUACUGAAACAUUGUGUGUAUCAUCAUUCAUGUAGUUAUCAAUCGAUGAGUCAUUUGUAUUAGAAUUUAUUUUUGGUUGAUUUUUGUUGCACAAAUUAAAUUUCUUGUGAUCAAUAAAA